AUGCUCCUCCCUGAGUUCAAAUGCCCCUCCCGCAUCAGCAACGGCGCCACUUCGCAACGGUCAUCUCCAACUGGCAGUGGCCCUGCUACCGGCCAGUUCAUUUACAAAUUAUGCACUAUGAGGCUAAUCAACACCUCAACACUACAACUCGAAGACUUCUUCGACUCGGAUCUUCCCAAAUAUGCCAUCCUCUCACACACCUGGGGCACCGACGAGGUCACCUUUCAAGAAUGGCUGCUAUGGCAGGAAGAUGACCUCGGCUCGCGGAAACGAAUACACUCCAAGCGCGGGUUCCAAAAGAUCUCCAACACGUGCCGGAUCGCGCGGCAGGAGGGCAUCAGCCACGUCUGGGUCGACACGAACUGCAUCGACAAGAAGAGCAGCGCCGAGCUUUCAGAGGCCAUCAACUCAAUGUUUGCCUGGUACCGGGGCGCCUCCAUCUGCUACGUCCACCUGGAAGACCUCGAGCCCGGCGGCGGCGGCGGCGGCGGCGUGUCCAAAGCCAAUCUGCGCCAGUGCCGAUGGUUCACGAGAGGGUGGACGCUGCAGGAACUGCUGGCGCCCGCCGACAUGACUUUUUACGACGGCACGUGGGAGCCCAUCGGAACCAAAGAAACCUUGGCGUAUCCCAUCGCUUCCAUCACGGGCAUUGACGUCGACGUCCUCAUCUACCCGCAGACCCUGUCCUCGGCCUGCGUCGCCAAGAGGAUGUCGUGGGCGUCUAGCCGCCAGACGACCCGGACCGAGGACACGGCGUACUGCCUCCUGGGCAUCUUCCAGAUCCACAUGCCCCUGCUGUACGGCGAGGGCCAUGAGGCCUUUCGACGACUGCAAGAAGAAAUCAUGAAGGUCUCGACGGACCAGAGCCUCUUUGCGUGGGACUGGACUGAGAAGACAAUGGACCCCCGCCGCGACCUCUGGGUCACACUACUGGCGCCUCACCCAUCGGCGUUUUCGGGUUGCGGCCAGGUCGUCAAGUGCAAGACGGGCGCGGAUGACAACUGGUCCCUCGGCAAGGAGUUCACCAUGACGAACCUGGGUCUGAGCAUGACGCUGCCCCUGAUCCGGACGGCCUCCUCGACGACGGUGUACGCGGCCAUCAACUGCAAGCACGAUGUGAAGAAUCACGACGACACGGUGAUUUGUAUCCCGCUCUGGACCACGUCUUUUACGUCGACGUUUGGACGGCACAGGUCGAGACCGCAGGCGAACCUGCCGAUCCCGCUAGCCAACGUAUCGGUUCCCGUACGGUACGCGCGCCACCCCGGCUCGGCGUCGUAUUUCCCGCGAUUCUCCGAGCUGCCGGGGUUCAAGAUGUCGAGGUCCUUCCAGAAACAGGUCCUCCCAGAGUACGACAGCGAGCGCGGGGCGCCCGAGCUGCUGUUCCAGCUCUUUUCUUGCAACGACGCGCUCGAGUCGUGGCAGGUCGGGGACGACGCGGACGCGGACCCCCAGGAGUACAUCCAGACGGCGGCGCACGCGAGCAAGACGUUUGCUGGCAAGGAGGUUCACGCUUUCUGCGUGAAUCUCGUCAAUCAUAACAACAACAACAACAUCAUCAUCAACGGCGGCGGCCGCAACGGUGGCAGGGCGCGGCGGUGGUGCCUCAUCAUCAUGUGGUGCGAGGCAUCGCGGUGGAAGCGGGUGUUCUUUAGGGAAGACAAGGGCAAGAAUGUUUCUCCGGAUGCUCGGAAGCGGUUCAUGGACUAUUUGCUGGAGACAUCGUGGUUCUCGUUGCCCGGGGACACGGCUACGUGUGAUGGGUUAAAGGUUGAGGUCGGUCUCAAGCAUGAUCCUCCGAGAAAUGGAUACUGUCCGGUGGUGCCUCUGUAUUUUGAUAAAGAUGAUGGAUGA